CCAAAGGCUCUUCCUUUUUUUCAUCUUUUCGGUGAUACGAAAGAUUCCAAAGAAAUGGGCCGAGUAGCAGAAAGUUCACUGUCUCUCAAAAGAAAACGAGCUGAUACUCCGAAGCUCAGUGAGGCUGAGCGCACAAUCUAUGACCUUAUCAUAAGUACAGAAGAUACGGGAAUAUGGACGAGGGACAUAAAGUACAAAAUCAAAGUAAUUCCUGACACCGUUGUUAACAAGUCUAUCAAAUCUCUCAAGGACAAACAACUGAUAAAAGAGGUUGUUAACAUACAGAACAAAGGAAAAAAAAUGUUAAUGGGUUCUGACUUCGAACCCUCGGAUGACCUCACCGGUGGUGCAUGGUAUGGCAAGGAUGGGAAACUAGAGACAGAACUCAUUGAGGAGGGAAAAGCUGUGUGUUUGCUGUAUAUCUCUAGAAUGAAGGUUGCAACAGUUGGGGAGAUUACUGAAGCUGUCAACAACUCUGGAGUAUUCAAGGAGGAUGUUAAGUUUACUGGUAAGCAAAUUGAGGAUCUUCUGCAGAGUCUGAUUUUGGACAAGAAGAUUGUGGAGUCAAAAAGUACUGGUAAAGGGGUCUUCGCAAAAAUUCCAAUGGGAGAAGAAUGCUACCAAUGCUCAAAUAAAAGAGCGCUUCCAAAAACAGGGGCGUUGGCUUCAAUUCCAUGUGGAGUUUGUCCUCGUCUGAAUGAGUGCACACCUGAUGGAAUCAUCUCUCCCACCACUUGUGUUUACUUCAAGAAAUGGUUGGAUUUUUAGUGAACUUUGCUAAUUCUCGCUCAAAAAAGAAAAAAAAAGAAAGGCAGGUUUGUUGUCGAUUUUAUUGAUAUUUAAAAAUCUUUCCGUUGUAGUUAACGGUGAACUGUGUACCUAAUUAUGCUUCAAAAAUCAGCACGAACCUAUCUGCAGCUAA